AUGGUGAGCCGCUGGGAAUCUGUGGGUUGGCCCGGCAGGGGUGUUGUCCUGCGUCUGGCCUGGAGCUCUGAAGCUGGACGUCCAGUCCGAGGUGGAUCAGUGGUUCGAGCAUCGACUCGUGCGAUACCUGCCUCUGCUCAGCUGGCAGCUCAUCAGUCCACACAGCUCCGCAGCGCCAGCCUGUCCUGCCCUACAGGAAACUGUGGCUCACCGCGCUGCUAUAACACCUCCGAUCCUCAGCUGAACUCCACAGAUUGGCUUGUGAGCUACAUUGGCAUCUUCAUCAGAUUCGUCAACCUGUCUGACCUCAACUCCUUCGUGUCGUCUGACCAGAUUGGUGUGUUCUUGGAGAACCCGGAGAACCUUCAGCUGCUCAAUGGCACCGUAACCAUCCAGUCCAGCGUAGCUAUCUACUAUGUGACACAGCUGUACAAUCAGAACCCGUCCUUCAACCCCGUCAGGCUGCCAGGUCAGUUCCUGUGUGCAGUCCCUUCAUUUGCAUUAGAGCUUUUAGGAGGCGCAGACAGUUUGGUGCUCAUCCAGCGGAUCAACGUGUUCUGUAAUGGAACCGAGAGCCCUGAGAUCACCUCUGCUCUCGCAGCCAAUCUCCCUUCGCUUUCCUCCUCCACCAUCCAGCUGCUCGGCAGUCAGAGCGUGGGCCUGACGGAGGCUCAGAUAAGCUCCGCCUCCUCUGAUGUCAUCAAGGGCGCGCUCUCGACCCUCAGCGCCGUCGACGGCUGGAAUCAGGGCCAAGCUAACGCCGUCAUACAGACUCUCAUCAAGUCUGACUUUCCAUUGAACACCGGCUCCUCGCUGCUGUCUCUCGGGACGCUCGUCAAAGGCGUUCCAGCAGAAACCAUCUCCAGCAUUGACCCUUCAGAGCUCCUGGCCAUAUCCCAAAAUCCCACAUUCCUCAGCAACAUCCUCUCAGCACCAGAAAUCCUGCAGCUGGUUUAUGUCACGAAGAUCGUGUCUAUAGAUGAAACUAAAGUCAUCGAGAACGUUCCGGACGUGUUGGCUGGCUUGAUCCCGCGUGUCUUGUUGAUCCCUCAGGAGUCUGUGAACAUCACACUGAUCAACCAGAAGCAAUGGACACAGGAGCAGGCCGUGAUGCUGUUCGGCUCCGUGGCGAGUGUCAGUGAGGACACUGAGGAGCUGUCUGAGGAGCUGCUGCAGGGCUUCACCUGCACGUCUGUCCGGACGCUGGCCGAGCCCAAGGUCAAGCAGCUGGUCAAAGCCUGCAGACGACGGCCAGGACGGCAGAAGGUCCAGCUGAAGGAGAGUCAGCUGAUGUGCAUGUACAACUAUAUGAAAGAUGAGCCUUCGCCAAGCUUCGCAGAUUUACCUUCAGACAUCCUGCUUUACUACAACUAUGAGAAGGUGGAGGAGGCGAACUGCCGCUCGUAUUUCAGCGCUGUGGGCACGGCAGAUUUCUCCGUUCUUUCCAGUGUCCUUGACAAACAGAAGACUCUGUUCAACAACGCACAGAGCUGUCUGGGUAUUUCGGAUCAAAGGCUGAGCAAGGAUCACGUGGAGGUUCUGGGUAACCUGACCUGCACUCUCGACGCCGUCUACAUCCAGAACUCUGACCCAGCCAUCAUUGAAAGCCUGAAGAAGUGUCACGAUCUGUCCGACACUCAGAUCAGCGCUGUGCAAUCACUGCUGCUCUCGGGAGAGACUGUCUAUGGGAACUCUUCUGCUUGGGAUCAGCAGACGCUGGAGAACCUCGACACCCUGCCGCUGUACUUUACUGACGACUUCUGGAGCCGCUUCAGCACGCCUCUGAAGAGGAGCUACAUGAAGGUGUUCAUGCCAUUCCUGAGGACCAGAAACACAGAGAAGCCGAAACUAAAGAAUCUCUUUAAGAAUUGCAACGCUGAGUUAGACGCUCGAAGCAGAAUCAGGCGCUCUGCAGACUGCACCGCGGGAAACAUCACAGAAGCCACCAUCGCAGACGCCUCAUUCCCGUUCGGAUACACCGUGGCCCAGUUCGACGCCUGUCUGAGCGCCAGGGUCCUCAGAGAUAACCUGGCCGCCGUCUCGGAGAAAGUGGACGACAACGACUUCCAGAGAAUCAUUCUGAGCAAGCUGAAGCAGGUGUAUCCGGCGGGACUCUCUGACAGCACACUGCAGCUGCUCGCAUCUGUCUCACGACAAGCCACGGUGGACGAGAUCAGGACCUGGAGCAUCACCAGCAUCGACGCGCUGACCGCACUGAUGGACUCACACAACGGAGGAUGGGACAAAGACAAGAGUAAGGAGGUGAUCCUCAGGUAUCUGAGUGUGCCCGGUCACACUUUAGGCACUAAUGAGCUGAACAUCAUCGGCUCGAACAUCUGUGCACUGAACAUCUCAACACUUCAGAGCGUUACAGCGAGAGACCUGAGCAAUGCAGAAGUUCUGGAUCUGUCCUCGUGCUCCUUUGAGCAGAAAUCAGUUCUGUACAGCACUGCCAACUCCUCGUUCAGAGCUCAGCGCAGCAACAGCCCGAUUUACUUCCACCUCAUCAGCCCUUACCUCGGUGGUGCUCCGGUUGAGGACGUGAGGGCUUUGGCCUCUUCUAACAUCACUAUGGACAUCAGCACCUUCAGAAGCCUCAGUGUACCUGUGGUGACGGGUCUGAGUGUGUCUGAUGUGCGUGCGCUCAUGGGUUCAACCGUGGCCGAUCUGAAGGUGUUUGAGAAUGACUCUGUGGUUCAGGCAUGGAUCUCCUCACAGCCGCAGUCUCAGUUAGACACGCUGAACCUGGGUCUGCGUGGAGGCCGAGCCGACCUGAGCACAUCCGCACCCAUCACCGUCCAAAACAACAACAGCAGCAGCACCGCUAACAGCAGCACCGCUAACAGCAGCACCGCUAACAACAGCAGCGCUAACAGCAGCAGCAUCACCGGCAGCGGCACGCAGUCAGCGGCUCCUGGCCAAUCAGCUGCAGCGACUGUCACUGCACAGGGAUCUGCAUCAGCUCUUCGUCUCGGUCCAGGCCUGUGGCUCGUCCUGGCCUGUGUGUGGCUUCUGACCUUCACAUGAUAGAUGAUAUGACGUACUUAAUCAAAAAUCUAUGAACUCAUCAUCAGAAAUCCGUUAGAUUAACACAAGUGCUCCAUUGGAUCAAUAAUGUAGCAUCAAAUAUAUAUCGGAGCAAUAUUAAAUAGAAUAUCAGUAAUUCACUUUAGUUGAUUUUUGUGUCUCUCUUGUGUCUUUAUAGUCAUAUUUGUUCUGAAGUUAUUUUUAAUUUAAUUUGUGAUGAUUGUAUAAUCUGUGAACUAAUUUAAAACAUAAGUCUAGUCUAAUAAAAAUAUUUACACAUUAUCUGACGAAAAUGAAGGAAAUCACAGUUUUGUUAAAUUAAUAUGAUAGAAUAGCUAAUUAUUUUGUGCCUUAGUAGAAUAUUAUUUUCACAUUCACUUUUACUGUAAAAUCAAAUCACUUUCACUUCAAUAAAAUCUUCAUCUUUAUCUGCAUCAUA